CGGAGCUGGGCCAAGCCAAAGCCAGGAGCUAGGAGCUUCAUCCGGGUCUCCCACGCAGGUGCAGGGCCCAAGCACUUGGGACAUCGUCCACUGCUUUCCCAGAUUGGACUCUGGGCCCCAUAAUUUGAUUUUCCGGAGCAAGGCUUUGGCCGGCCGCCUCCUGAGGAGGAAUGUCAAGCUGGUGCAGCCCCAGCCAUGGAGAACUACCACGUGCACUCGGCCGCCAGCAUCCUGGCCUCGGUGAAGGAGCAGGAGGCCCGCUUCGAGCGGCUGACGCGGGCACUGGAGCAGGAGCGGCGCCAUGUGGCCCUGCAGCUGGAGCGUGCCCAGCAGCCCGGCGUGGGCACCGGUGGUGUGGGCCACAGUGGGCAGCCCCUGCCCAUGGCCUGGCAACAGCUGGUCCUGCAGGAGCAGAGCCCAGGCAGCCAGGCCUCGCUGGCCACCAUGCCAGAGGCACCUGAGGUGCUAGAGGAGACGGUGACGGUGGAGGAAGACCCGGGCACACCCACCUCCCAUGUGUCCAUUGUGACUUCUGAAGAUGGUACAACCCGGCGCACCGAGACCAAGGUCACCAAGACGGUCAAGACCGUGACCACGCGGACAGUACGACAAGUGCCCGUGGGCCCGGAUGGGCUGCCCCUGCUAGAUGGCGGCCCCCCGCUUGGCCCUUUUGCUGACGGCCCCCUGGACCGGCACUUCCUUCUGCGGGGCGGUGGCCCGGCGGCCACGCUGUCCCGGGCCUACCUCAGCAGCGGGGGUGGCUUCCCUGAUGGUCCGGAGCCCCGGGAUGGCCCCAACUAUGGCAGCCUGUCGCGAGGGCUGGGGGUGCGGCCCCCACGUGCCGGCCCCCUCGGUCCCGGCCCUGGCGAUGGCUGCUUUACCCUGCCUGGCCGCCGCGAGCCAUUCCCAUCUGGCCCCGAGCCCGGGCCCCACGGGGGCCGCUCCCUGCCCGAGCGCUUCCAGGCUGAGCCCUACGGCUUAGAGGAUGACACCCGCAGCCUGGCCAACGAUGACGAGGGCGGCCCGGAGCUGGAGCCCGACUACGGCACAGCCACACGGAGGAGGCCCGAGUGUGGGCGGGGCCUGCGUACCAGGGCCUACGAGGACAUGACUGAUGACGGAGGUGAGCUGCUGGAGGAGCGGCCCCCCUUCCCGGCGACGGCGCCCCUGGCCCAGCCUGAGCGAGGCAGCCUGGGCAGCCUGGACCGGGCGGUGCGGCGCUCGCCCUCGGUGGACAGCGCCCGCAAGGAGCCGCGCUGGCGGGACCCAGAGCUACCCGAGGUGCUGGCCAUGCUGCGGCACCCCGUGGACCCCGUGAAGGCCAACGCGGCCGCCUACCUGCAGCACCUGUGCUUCGAGAACGAGGGCGUCAAGCGGCGCGUGCGGCAGCUGCGGGGGCUGCCGCUGCUCGUGGCGCUGCUGGACCACCCCCGCGCCGAGGUGCGGCGCCGGGCCUGCGGGGCCCUGCGCAACCUCUCCUAUGGCCGCGACACGGACAACAAGGCCGCCAUCCGGGACUGUGGCGGGGUGCCUGCCCUGGUGCGGCUGCUGCGGGCCGCCCGGGACAACGAGGUCCGGGAGCUUGUCACCGGCACCCUCUGGAACCUGUCGUCCUACGAGCCCCUGAAAAUGGUCAUCAUCGACCACGGCCUGCAGACGCUCACACACGAGGUCAUUGUGCCCCACUCGGGCUGGGAGCGGGAGCCCAACGAGGACUCCAAGCCCCGGGACGCCGAGUGGACGACCGUCUUCAAGAAUACCUCGGGCUGCUUGAGGAAUGUGAGCUCGGACGGCGCCGAGGCCCGGCGGAGGCUCCGGGAGUGUGAAGGGCUGGUGGACGCGCUGCUGCACGCUCUGCAGUCGGCAGUGGGCAGGAAGGACACAGACAACAAGUCGGUGGAGAACUGCGUGUGCAUCAUGCGGAACCUGUCGUACCACGUGCACAAGGAGGUGCCCGGGGCCGACAGGUACCAGGAGGCCGAGCCUGGGCCCCCAGGCGGCGCUGCCGGCUCCCAGCGGCGGAGGCGGGACGAUGCCAGCUGCUUCGGCGGCAAGAAGGCCAAAGGGAAGAAGGAUGGUGAGACGGACCAGAACUUUGACACGUUGGACCUGCCCAAGAGAACCGAGGCCGCCAAAGGCUUUGAGCUGCUGUACCAGCCAGAGGUGGUGCGUCUCUACCUCUCCCUGCUCACGGAGAGCCGGAACUUCAACACCCUGGAGGCUGCCGCGGGGGCCCUGCAGAACCUCAGCGCCGGCAACUGGAUGUGGGCCACGUACAUCCGCGCCACGGUGCGCAAGGAGCGCGGGCUGCCAGUGCUGGUGGAGCUGCUGCAGUCUGAGACGGACAAGGUGGUGCGCGCUGUGGCCAUCGCGCUGCGCAACCUCUCGCUGGACCGGCGCAACAAGGACCUCAUAGGGAGCUACGCCAUGGUGGAGCUGGUGCGGAACGUGCGCAACGCGCAGGCGCCCACGCGCCCGGGGGCCCGGCUGGAGGAGGACACGGUGGUGGCCGUGCUCAACACCAUCCACGAGAUCGUGUCGGACAGCCUGGACAACGCGCGCUCGCUCCUGCAGGCCCGCGGCGUGCCCGCCCUCGUGGCCCUCUGCGCCUCCAGCCAGUCCGUGCGCGAAGCGAAGGCGGCGUCACACGUGCUGCAGACCGUGUGGAGCUACAAGGAGCUACGCGGCGCCCUGCAGAGGGACGGCUGGACCAAGGCGCGCUUCCAGUCGGCGGCCACGGCCAGCAAGGUGCCUAAGGGAUCCCAGAGCCCCGGCGGCUUCGAUGACAGCACGCUGCCGCUGGUGGACAAGAGCCUGGACAGCGAGAAGCAGGGCAGCCGUGACGUGAUCCCCAUGGACACUCUCGGCCCAGACGGCUACUCCACUGUGGACCGCCGGGAGUGCAGGGCGCGGGGCAGUGACUCCACAGGGGAGGCCUCUGAGAAGGAACCGUUGAAACCCGACCCCGGCAGGAAGGCCCCGCCCCCCGGGCCCCCCAGGCCCGCGGUCAGGCUGGCGGACGCCGUGGGGGACGCUAAGCCUCAGCCAGUUGAUUCCUGGGUCUAGCCUGCAUGCCUGGGCCCGGGUCCGGCCGUGGGUUCCUAGCCACCGGAUCACCGCAGCAGGGCCGUCCGGAGCAGGCCCCUGCCGUGGAGCUCGGAGCCCCCUGGCGGCCGGGGUUGGCAGCGACACCCCCCACCCUCAACUCCCGCAGCACCGGGUCCCUGCCACCCUACGCGCUCUUCUCGGACCUGAUUGCUUUAGGCCGACCUGGUGCUGUGUCCCAGCGAGCCGAGAGAGGGCGCCAGAGAGAAGGCUGGACGCGGCUGCGCGCCGAGGAGGGCCCAGGCCAGCAGAGUUGCCCGCGUGUGCGUGCGCGUGUGUGUGCGUGUGUGUGCGUGCGCGCAGGGCGGGCAGGCAGCCAGGCAAGGAGGGGGGCUCAGGGAAAGAAGCUAGAGGGGCUGCCCUAUGCCGCACGGCAGGCUGACCACGGGUGUGAGGGCAGCGGCACGGGGCUCUGGCUGUUUGUGCACUGGCCAGCCCGUGCGCACGCGUGGUAGCCCGGCCGUGGCCACCCAGGGUCCACCUGCCCAGGACCUCAAGGAGCGACCCCCUGGGGGCUGACCCUGGGCAGCACCGGGGCCUGCUGCUGUUCAGUGCCUGCUGUCUGUGCUUAAAAACAGGAGAAAAACACUUACGACAAAAGCAUUUACAGUAAACCAAAAUGAGACUAUUGGUACACAUCUAAAUUUUUGUAAGAAAAGUUAAAAAUUAAAAAAAAAAAAAAAACCA